AUGGGCUCCAUCGGAAACGUUGAGGUCCUGGAUGCGCUGAUUGUUGGCGCCGGCUUCGGCGGCGUCUAUCAACUCAAAAACCUUCGGGACAAUGGGUACAAGGUGAAGCUCGUUGACUUUUCAUCCGAUUUUGGUGGUGUUUGGUACUGGAAUCGAUACCCCGGUGCCCGAGUCGACAGUACUGUGCCACACUAUGAGUUCUCCGAUCCUGAGCUGUGGAAGAAUUGGAACUGGAAGCAACGCUUCCCUGGUAGCCAGGAGCUGCGCGAGUACUUCUCCUACGUGGCAGACAAAUGGGAUUUGAGAAAGGACACCGAAUUCAACACAUUCAUCUCCAAGGCAGAGUUUAAUGAGCAAACAAAUAUGUGGCAUAUCACAAGCAAGUCCGGCAAAGAGUUCUACGCCCGAUACUUCCUGCUCAACACUGGCUUCUCAGCCAAGAGACACACCCCUGACUGGAAGGGUAUCGACAAGUUCAAGGGCACAUGGGUCCACCCCUCAUUCUGGCCGAAGGAAGAGCCCGAUCUGCGCGGCAAGAAGGUCGCCGUCAUCGGCACCGGCGCCACAGGUCUACAGCUUUCCCAGGAGCUCAGCCAGGUAGCGAAGGAAUUCGUGGUCUUCCAACGAACCCCGAACCUGGCCCUGCCAAUGUACCAAGUAAACUACAAAGAAGGAGAGCAAAACGUUCCCCGAGAGAAAUACCCCGAACUAUUCGCCGGCCGCCGCGAAAGUUUCGCCGGCUUCAACUUCAACUUCACCCCUCGCUCCACAUUCGACGACACCCCCGAGCAACGCAAACAACACUACCAGAAACUCUGGGACCACGGCGACUUCCACUACUACCUCGCCAACUACCAAGACAUGCUCUUCGACGACGCCGCCAACAAAGAAGCCUACAAUUUCUGGAAACAGAAAGUCCGAGCCCGCAUCAACGACCCGAACCUUCACGAACUCCUCGCCCCCGAACACCAACCCCACAGUUUCGGCUGCAAGCGCGUUUCCCUAGAAAACGGCUUCUACGAAAUCUUCAACCAGCCCAAUGUCUCCCUCGUCGACACAAAAUCCACCCCCAUCGUCGAGGUCACCGAGCGCGGAAUCCGCACGACAGAGAAAGAAUGGGACUUUGACUACAUCGUCUGCGCUACGGGCUUCGAUGCCGUCACUGGCGGGCUUCUGCAGAUCGAUAUUACCGGAAAGGGAGGCCAGCCACUCUCCAGCAAGUGGAAGAAUGGCACCAAGACGUAUCUCGGUAUGGCGGUCUCCGGGUUCCCGAAUAUGUUCUUCACAUAUGGGCCUCAGGCGCCUACAGCGCUGUGCAAUGGGCCGACGUGUGCUGAGUACCAGGGUGAUUAUAUCAUUGGGAUGAUGAACCACAUGCGGAAAGCGGGUCUGCAACAUAUCGGGGCUCGGGGCGAGGAGGAGCAGCAGUGGGGUGAGCAGAUUCGCAAGUUUGCGUAUGCUUCUUUGUUGCCCAAGACGGACUCGUGGUAUAUGGGAACGAAUAUUCCUGGGAAGAUCCGCGAGCCUCUUAUUUACUUGGGUGGUGUGCCGAAUUAUUACAAAGAGCUGGAGCGAUCUCGUGAAGGAGGGUUUGUUGAGUUCGAUUUAUCCUAA